CGAGAGUGACCGGCAGGUGGACGCUUUCACUCAGCCCGGGAGAGCUCCAGCGGGCGAGGUAGAGAGGUGGAGAGAGAGAGGAGAAGAGAGGAGAGGAGAGGAGAGAGAGAGAGAGAGAGAGAGAGAGAGAGAGAGAGAGAGAGAGAGAGAGAGAGAGAGAGAACUCAGUGAGAGAGGGAGGGACAGGGACAGCCAGCCCCGCACAUUCGCUAGCUCCCUGCAGUCACCUCCUCCCACCCGACCCGGGGAAGUGGCCGGAGCGGAGCGCAAAGUAGCAGAGAAGCUGCGGGAUCCGAGUACAGCAAGAAACCUGGUCCCCGCAGUGCUGGUGGGACCGCAGGACGCGGAGGGGCAGACAGAGCAGAGCUGGUCGCUACUCCCGAGAGAGGAGCGGAGCAAAGCUGGGAACACACACACACACACAAACACACACACGCACGCACGCGCGAGCGCACACACACACACACACACACACUUUCCUGGAGCAGACAGACAGACAGACUGACAGACAGGCAAACAGACACAAGGAGCUCAGCAGCCUGCGGUGGCUUACAGGCUCUCCAGCAGCGAAGACCUCCAAGCGUCCAGAGAGGCGACAGUCCGACAGCCACAGCCGGGCAGUCCGCACCAGCAGCGCCACUGCUGGGCAGCGCCAGGACCCCUGCCUCCAAGCCGAGUGCUCCUUUCGCUAGCAGUUAAAUAAACCGGCCAAACAACAAAGGCAAGCCACAAACCAAACUGACCCUACCAAAGCAUUCACUGAGAAACAAAUUUUCACAAAAGCCCCAAACGAAAUCCAGUCAGUCAAAGGCACCAGGACGCUGGGUAACUCCACCUUUCCUUCAGGUUGUCGGCCAUGUAUCACGCUGUGUAAGGAAGCUGACUCGAGAUGGACAUCCUGAACUGCUAAUGGGGACAUGGGAUGGCAAUUACCUCUGAUCACUUGUGUGGAUUCUCCCAGUGUGGAACCACAGAAGCUGCCAGCCACUCUUCCAGAUCUACAGCUGGAACUCUGUGCGAAAGGGUCUAAAAACUCAUUGUUUUAAUUUGCAUCUGGGAGAAUGUCUGAGCAAGGAGAACUGAACCCGACCAUAGUGGAGGAAGGACGGACUGAGACGGAGUCCGCCCCAGAAAAUGGCAUCCUCAAGUCGGAAAGCCUGGAUGAGGAGGAGAAGCUGGAACUGCAGCGGCGACUGGCGGCUCAGAACCAAGAAAGAAGAAAAUCCAAGUCAGGAGCAGGCAAAGGGAAGCUGACCAGGAGUCUUGCUGUCUGUGAAGAAUCUUCAGCUAGACCUGGAGGCGAAAGUCAUCAGGAUCAGGAAUCAAUUCAUUUACAGCUUUCCAGUUUCCCCAGCCUGCAAGAGGGGGAUAAAUCUAGGAAGGAUGAUACUGAGAGAGAAAAAGAAAAGGAUAAAAACAGAGAUAAACCCUCUGAGAAACCCAAGAUCAGAAUGUUAUCAAAAGAUUGCAGCCAAGAAUACACGGAUUCCACAGGCAUAGACUUACAUGAGUUUCUGAUUAACACUCUGAAGAACAAUUCCAGGGACAGGAUGAUUCUCUUGAAAAUGGAGCAGGAAAUGAUUGAUUUCAUUGGUGACAGCAAUAACCACUAUAAAAAGUUCCCCCAGAUGUCAUCAUAUCAGAGGAUGCUGGUCCAUCGGGUGGCAGCCUACUUCGGAUUGGACCACAACGUGGAUCAAACUGGAAAGUCUGUCAUCAUCAAUAAAACAAACAGCACCAGAAUACCAGAGCAAAGGUUUUGUGAACAUUUAAAAGAUGAAAAAAGUGAAGAAUCCCAGAAGCGGUUUAUCUUGAAGCGAGAUAACUCUAGUGUUGAUAAAGAAGACAAUCAGCAAAACAGAAUGCAUCCAUUUAGAGAUGACAGACGAAGUAAAUCAAUUGAAGAGAGAGAAGAGGAGUAUCAGAGAGUGAGGGAGAGAAUAUUUGCACAUGAUUCAGUUUGCUCCCAGGAAAGUCUAUUUUUGGACAACAGUAGGCUCCAGGAAGACAUUCACAUAUGCAAUGAGACCUAUAAGAAAAGACAGCUCUUUCGAGGUAACCGAGACAGCUCAGGAAGAACUUCUGGGAGCCGGCAGAGCAGCUCGGAGACUGAGCUCAGGUGGUCCGACCACCAGCGGGCCUGGAGCAGCACAGAUUCGGACAGCUCCAACCGCAACCUAAAGCCCACCAUGACCAAGACCGCAAGUUUUGGGGGCAUCACGGUGCUGACCAGGGGCGACAGCACAUCCAGUACCAGGAGUGCUGGGAAACUGUCCAAAACAGGUUCUGAGUCUUCCAGCAGCACAGGCUCCUCAGGAUCGCUGUCCCGCACCCACCCUCCUCUGCAGGGUGCGGCCCUGACUUCUAGUGUGGCAGCUGGUUCUCCUGGCUGCCUGGCCUAUUCAGAGAAUGGAAUGGGGGGCCAGGUCCCUCCCAGCAGCACCAGCUACAUCCUCCUACCACUUGAAGCUGCAACUGGUAUCCCUCCUGGAAGCAUCCUUCUUAAUCCACACACAGGUCAGCCCUUUGUGAAUCCGGAUGGGACCCCUGCCAUCUACAACCCCCCUGGCAGCCAGCAGGCACUGCGUGGCACUGUUGGGGGGCAGCCGCAGCAACCCCCCCAGCAACAGCCGUCACCUCAGCCUCAGCAGCAGGUGCCACCAUCGCAGCCCCAGAUGGCAGGGCCGCUGGUCACUCAGUCUGUCCAGGGCCUGCAGCCGUCUUCCCAGUCUGUGCAAUAUCCAGCGGUCUCUUUUCCUCCCCAGCAUCUCCUGCCUGUGUCGCCAACGCAGCACUUCCCCCUGAGAGAAGAGGUGGCUGCACAGUUCAGCCAGCUGAGCAUGAGCCGCCAGUCCUCUGGAGACACGCCUGAGCCCCCCUCCGGUACCGUCUACCCAGCCUCCCUCAUGCCACAGCCAGCUCAGCCACAGAGCUAUGUCAUCACUUCUGCGGGCCAGCAGCUGUCCACAGGGGGAUUCUCAGACUCUGGCCCUCUCAUCUCCCAGCCAGUCCUGCAGGCCCCGCCUUCUCCCCAGGGAUUUGUACAGCAGCCCCCACCUGCACAGAUGCCCGUAUAUUACUACCCAUCUGGUCAAUACCCUACCUCAACCGCACAGCAGUACCGACCCCUGGCCUCCGUCCAGUACAGUGCUCAGCGGGGUCAGCAAAUACCCCAGGCCGCACAGCAAGCAGGUUACCAGCCAGUCUUGUCUGGGCAGCAGGGCUUCCAAGGCCUGAUGGGAGUUCAGCAGUCAGCUCACGGCCAGGCUGUGAUGAGCAGUCAGCAGGGAGCCUCAGUGCAGGGGGUGGUGGUCUCCUACCCAGCCAUGUCUUCUUAUCAGGUGCCAAUGACCCAAGGUUCUCAAGCAGUGCCCCAGCAGACAUACCAAUCGCCAAUCAUGCUGCCCAACCAGGCAGGCCAAGGGUCGCUCCCAGCCACCGGAAUGCCUGUGUACUGUAACGUCACACCGCCAAGCCCUCAGAACAACCUACGGCUGAUUAGUGCUCACUGCCCCUCCAGCGCGGUUCCUGUCAUGUCUGCUAGCUGUAGGACAAACUGUGCGAGCAUGAGCAACGCUGGUUGGCAGGUGAAGUUCUGAGCGCUCAGGCUGCCUGCAGGCCACCUCAUCGGGCGUUAACUCAUGGCCUUCAGAGGAAGAGGAAGGAGACUGACAACUGGCUGAGGACUUCUGUAUUCACUCAACACUCAAAUGAUUGCUGCUGGUAUUCUGUACAAACUAAUCAAAGACUAUUACACUCAUUAGCUGGUUAAUGGUGCAUAUUUCUGUCAUGUCUGCUAGGUAUGCCUUUCUAGCUUAGCUAGUGACAUGAAUUCAUCAAGGUAAGAUUUUCUACCACUGAAUACCACUGUGUAGAUUACAAUAUCCCUGAUUCGAAUUAGUUUUGUACUUUGUGUUGAGUUUGUGAUGCUAAAAGUAUUUAAAAAUAUAUAAACUAAAUCACACUGUACCAAAGCUGUAAUGGAAAAGAGAAGAAUUAAGGAAUGGAAGGAAUAAUUUAUAUACACUAUAGAGUUUUCUUUUUUAAAUGGAUAUAUAUGGUAUUGUAGUGUUUAAUCAAAAUAAAAGCUUAUUUGACCUUAUGGAGGAAGGUCAUGUUUUUAUCACGUUUGCUUCAGUCUCUCUUUCAAUAUGCUAUUUGCUAGUUUAGUUAAUGUUUUUAUUAGCAGAUGUUAAAUUACACAAAACGAGCUUCACCCUGACAUUUUCAUACUUUUAUAGAGUGCCUUUUGACCACAUUUAACCUCAGUGUCUCCUCAAAUUCUCCUUGGUACCCUCCCUCUUCUUACUUAGUGCCAUUGCUUUCAUGGCACUUUCCAUUUGUUUAUUCUUAAUGAAUCAAUGAGUCUCUCUCUCUCUCUCUCUCUCUCUCUCUCUCUCUCUCUCUCUUCUCUCUCUCUCUGUCUCUUGUGGUAGAGGCUUGAUUUGGCUUACACUUCUACAUUGCUGUCCAUCACGAAAGAAAGUCAGGACAGGAACUCAAACAGGGCUGGAACCUGGAGGCAGGAGCUCACUCAGAGGCCAUGGAGGGCCUGCUUACUGCUGCUGCUCACUGGCUUGCUCCAAACCAAUGAGUUUCAUUGGGGCUUCCUACAGAAGCACAGGGGAUUAUUUCCAGAAGCUUGCACAAUUAUCUCCUUAGAGGAAAAGUCUAUCCCCAUUAGCCACUGACUUUCUACAAAUCCUCAGAGAGGAGCAGGGACUUAUGAACCUCCUCCUCCCAUUGCAGGACACUGAUAAGCUCCCUUCAUGCAGGUAAUCGUGGGCUCAGUUGUGCCACACUGCAUUAUGCCUAGAAGAUAGUGUUCCAAGAAAAUCCACCUCUUCCUCUAGCUCUUACAUUCUUUCCAUCCCUUCUUCUGUGAUGUUUUCUGUGCCUUGGGGGAGAAAUCAGAUAGAAGUCUCAUUUAUGCCCGAACGUUCAAUAUCAGUUUUAUUCGUGUUUUAUUGGUGUCACUGUUGUUUUUUCUAGGCGUUAUCUCAUGGACACUGCAUGGAAAAGUUGUUUCUGGGCAUUUAGAGUUGAAUGACUUCUUAGAGAUACUAUAGGCAAGCACUUUUAAUAACCCCUGCGGUUGAUAUUAUUAUAAAGGUCAUGAACGUAAGAUGAUGUCCGUGUCAUUGCUUUUACUUCUAGAAAUAUUGGAUAUGUAUAACUAUACUGUACCUACUAGGAAAUGCUAAAUGUUGUCACUAAAAAUACUCACCCUACAUCUAGCCUUGUUCUGUCUUUCUUGGAGUUCAACCAUGUACCUUAAAGGUAAAUUUGUUUAUAGUAAUAUACAAGAGGCCAAGCCUGAUUCCUCCUGUUAUACUCAAAUGUAUACUUCAAAGCACCGCCGGUUCCGACACUCAGAGGCACAGACAUUUUUCGUGGCAACUGAAAAAGGAUGUAUAUAGCAAUGAUUUAAUCACAAAAGCUAGAGCAUCUGCAAAGCAAAUAUAAGAAGUGUGUGAUUCUCCAAUCCCCCAAUGUAUAAUUCCCCAAGGGGCUCGUGGUUAAAACUGAGUUAGGACAACAUUUAAAAAUUAAUAACUGAACUCUGGACUCUGAGAAUUGAUCCUUAGAAUGAUGUUUAUUUGAGGGAAUAAAACCUCGUAGCUUUCAUCUUAAUACCACAGCAUAAUAA